AUGUCGAGGUUUGCAUUCUUCAAUCGAUCAAAUACAAUGCACGCCUCGUCAUCGGAAGAAUCUCAGAAGCCUUUCAACGAACUUCUAGACCGGUCCGGUUCAUUGAGCAAAUUCUACGGUUCAGUAGAAUCAAUGAAAUCGUCGAUUCGCGGAAGAAUGGUGAAGAAGCUCUGCAAUUUGUUCGAAUCAUCGCCGAAAGAAUCUGCGAAAUUAGGUUCGGAGCCGCGUUCGGCUUCGAGAUUAGGUUCGGAGCCGCGCGCGGCUUCGAGGUUAGGUUCGGAAGCGCGUUCUGGUGAGAAAUUGGGGUGGGAAUCGGGGAUGUUGUUCCGAUUGGAAGGUGCUGAGGAACGGAUUGUGGUGUAUUUGACGAGUUUGAGAGGAAUUCGGAGAACGUUUGAGGAUUGUAAUGCGGUGAAGAUGAUUCUGAAAGGGUUUAGGGUUUGGGUUGAUGAAAGAGAUGUUUCCAUGGAUCGUGCUUAUAGGAAGGAAUUGCAGUGUGUAAUGGGAGAGGAAAAUGUGUCACUACCUCAAGUCUUUAUUAGAGGAAAAUACAUUGGUGGUGCUGAAGUGAUUAAGUCUCUAUUUGAAAGUGGGGAUUUGAAAAGAAUUCUUGAAGGGUUUCCCAAGAUGAAGCCUGGCUUUGUAUGUGAGAGUUGUGGUGAUGCUAGGUUUGUGCCAUGUGAGAAUUGCAGUGGAAGUCGAAAAAUAUUCGACGAAGAGGAAGGUUUGUUGAAGAGAUGCUUGGAAUGCAAUGAGAAUGGACUCAUUAGGUGUCCUUGUUGCUCUUAUUAUUGA